AUGGCGGCGGACGACGAGGAUUUGGACGACGAAGACAUCGACGCGAUGGCGGCUGACGAAGAGGACGCGAAGAAAAAAACGUCGGGCGCGGUGGCCAAGGCGCUGGCGGUGGCGAAAGCGGCGAGAGGGGUGAGCGAUGACUUGGCCGAGUUAAACAUGGAGGCGUACGACGACACGGACGAGGAGGAGGAGGCGGCGACGGGGAGAUUGUUUGGCGGCGGAAAGUUGACGCACUACGAAGGAAACGAAGAGGAUCCGUACAUGACCAUUAAGGAUUCGGACGAUGACGAGGAGGAGGAGAUGCCGGAUGAUUUGAUCACGGCGGAGACGGAUCUGUUGAUCUUAGCGGCGAGGACGGAUGAGGACGUGUCGCACUUGGAGGUUUGGGUGUACGAGGAGGCGGGCGUGACGGGGAGCGAGGAGACGAACCUGUACGUUCAUCACGACGUACUCCUGCCGGCGUUUCCGCUGAGCGUGGCGUGGAUGAACUGCUCACCGAAGAGUGGGACGGAGGAGGUGAACUGCGCGGCGAUUGGGACGAUGUAUCCGGGGAUUGAGAUUUGGGAUUUGGACUGCGUCGACGCCGUAGAGCCGGUGACGACUCUCGGCGGGUACUCGGAGGAGGCUAUCAAGUCUGCGGGUAAGAAGAGCGGCAAGAAGGACAAGAAGGCGUCCAAGGCGCUCAAGGGGGGAUCACACGAGGACGCGGUGAUGGGUCUGUCGUGGAAUCGCGAGUUCCGAAACGUUCUUGCGUCGGCGAGCGCGGACAAAACGGUGAAGAUUUGGGACGUCGCCACGGAAACAGCCAAGCACACUUUGAACCAUCACAAAGACAAGGUUCAGGCGUGUGAGUGGAACCCGACGGAGCCCACAGUUUUACUCACCGGCUCUUACGAUAAGACCGCGCAAGUCGUGGACGUUCGUGCGCCCGAUAAUGCCUCUCUCACUUGGAAGGUAGGCGCUGACGUCGAGAGCGCGAUUUGGCACGCGAGCGCGCCGACGCAGUUCUUGGUGUCGAACGAAGAUGGUAUGGUGAUGUGCUUCGACAGUCGCAUGGGUUCGAAGUCUGACGCUCUGUUCAAGCUCCAAGCGCACGACAAGGCGACGACGGCGCUGAGCAUGGUGACUAGUGCGCCUGGUUUGAUGACGACGUGCUCGACGGACAAGGUGAUAAAGUUGUGGGAUCUGAACGACGGCAAGCCCUCCUUGUUGUGUCAGCACACUCCCCAAGUUGGAGCGAUCUUUGCGUGCGGGUUCUCACCGAACAUUCCCUACCUCGUCGCCGCCGCCGGUUCCAAGGGCACUGUGGCGGUGUGGGACAUCAUGUCGGAGGCCGUCGUGCGGGACAAGUACGGAAGCCAUUUCGAACAGUUUUAUCGAGUCAAGUAA